CUCCCCUCCUCCGCCCGCCAACCCGCGGCGGCGUCCCAGGCUCCCGGCGGCCUCAGCUAGAGGCCCCUGCCCCUCCCGGGAACGCGCUGCCGGCACCGCAGCGGGAAGGCUGGUGGUCAGCUAGCCUUAGGCCAGAGCGCCCGAAAACGACCGACGACCGUGGGGAUCGCGCCUGGUGGAGUGGAGCAUCGCCGGCCAAGGCAAGGGUGCGUGGGGGAUUUUUGAGCGUGAUUAUUUGCUGCAGGGUGCACCGGCUGGAGCGCGCUUUUCGGAGCACAGCCCCAGCUGCCCAGCUGCGGAGGGGCUGCGAGGGGUCUCCGGGAAGCAAGAACCCGCGUAGCGCACGGGGAAACUUUUCACCUUGUAAAGUUCCUGCCUCCCAAGCCUGGAACCGUGGCCACCGCCGCAGCCAGCUGAAAGAGAAGGAGAUUCGACCCUGCAGCAGGAGGAUGGACAUAUAAUGUGAUGGAUGUGACUAUGGGACACUGUGUAGGCACACGGCCUCCUUCUUCAUGCCUCCUCAUCCUGCUUCUUAAGCUGCUAACCACUGUAUCCCAGGGCCUGCCAGGGACGGGGCCCCUGGGAUUCCACUUCACACUUUCCACUUAUAAUGCUACCGUGUAUGAGAACUCAGCAGCAAGGACCUAUGUCAACAGCCAGAGUAGAAUGGGCAUCACCUUGAUAGAUCUCUCCUGGGAUAUAAAAUAUAGAAUAGUAUCUGGAGAUGAAGAAGGCUUCUUCAAAGCAGAGGAAGUAAUCAUCGCAGAUUUCUGCUUUCUCAGAAUAAGAACUAAAGGUGGAAAUUCUGCCAUAUUGAACAGGGAAAUUCAGGAUAACUAUUUAUUGGUCAUAAAAGGUUCUGUCAGAGGAGAAGACUUAGAAGCAUGGACCAAAGUGAACAUCCAGGUUUUAGACAUGAAUGACCUGAGGCCUCUGUUUUCACCCACCACUUACUCUGUCACUAUAGCAGAAAGCACUCCACUCAGGACUAGUGUCGCCCAAGUGACUGCGACAGAUGCAGACAUUGGUUCCAAUGGAGAGUUCUACUACUACUUCAAAAACAAAGUUGAUCUCUUUUCAGUCCAUCCCACAAGUGGUGUCAUAUCUCUAAGUGGACGAUUAAAUUAUGAUGAAAAGAACAGGUAUGAUCUGGAAAUCUUGGCAGUGGACCGGGGGAUGAAACUUUAUGGCAACAAUGGAGUGAGCAGCACCGCAAAGCUUUAUGUUCACAUCGAACGGGUAAAUGAACAUGCCCCAAUUAUCCACAUUGUCACUCAUGUUCCUUUCUCAUUGGACAAAGAGCCAACAUAUGCAGUGGUGACUGUCGAUGACCUAGAUGAGGGGGCUAAUGGGGAGAUAGAGUCCAUUUCUAUUGUGGCUGGGGAUCCUCUGGAUCAGUUCUUCCUGGCUAAGGAGGGAAAGUGGAUAAACGAGUAUAAAGUUAAGGAACGGAGGCAGGUGGACUGGAAUGGCUUUUCCUAUGGCUACAACCUCACUCUUCAAGCAAAAGACAAAGGCUCACCUCAGAAGUUUUCAGCACUAAAGACAGUACAUAUUGCCAACCCCAGGAGAGAUACCAUCCCAGUUAGAUUUGAAAAGGAAGCCUACGAUGUGAGCAUCAGUGAGUUUUCCCCUCCUGGUGUCAUGGUGGCCAUAGUCAAAGUAAGUCCUGAGCCUCUAGAUGUGGAAUACAAACUAUCUCCUGGUGAGGAUACAGAAUACUUCAAGAUUAACCCUCGGUCAGGUCUGAUUGUCACAGCCAAGCCACUGAAUAUCGUGAAAAAGGAGGUUUACAAACUGGAGGUAACCAAUGAAGAAGGAGACUUAAAGGCACAAGUUACCAUCAACAUUGAAGAUGCAAAUGACCAUGUCCCAGAAUUUCAGCAGCCACUGUACGAUGCUUUUGUGAAUGAAAGUGUUCCCAUAGGAACAAAUGUGCUGACUGUUUCAGCAUCUGAUAAGGAUAAAGGAGAAAAUGGCUAUAUCACUUAUAGCAUUGCCAGCCUGAGUCGGCUACCAUUUGCCAUUAACCAGUUUACUGGUGUUGUUAGCACAACUGAAGAAUUGGAUUUUGAAUCCUCUCCAGAAAUAUACAGAUUUGUUGUUAGAGCCUCUGACUGGGGUUCACCAUAUCGCCAUGAAAGUGAGGUCAAUGUGACCAUUAGGAUAGGAAAUGCCAAUGACAACAGCCCUCUCUUUGAAAAAGUGGCUUGCCAGGGAGUUAUCUCCUAUGACUUUCCAGUUGGGGGCCACAUCACAGCUGUCUCUGCAAUUGAUAUUGAUGAACUUGAACUUGUAAAGUACAAAAUCAUUUCUGGAAAUGAACUUGGCUUCUUCUACUUAAACCCAGACUCUGGAGUUUUACAGCUUAAGAAGUCGCUGAUGAAUUCUGCCAUUAAAAAUGGUAACUUUGCUCUCAGAAUUACAGCAACUGAUGGAGAGAACUUUGCAGACCCCAUGGCUAUUAACAUUUCAGUUCUCCAUGGAAAGGUGUCUUCAAAGAGCUUCAGUUGCAGAGAAACUCGUGUGGCCCAGAAAGUAGCAGAGAAACUACUCAUUAAAGCAAAAGCUAAUGGGAAACUGAAUCUGGAAGAUGGAUUUCUUGACUUCUAUUCAAUUAAUAGGCAAGGACCACAUUUUGACAAGUCUUUUCCUUCUGAUGUGGCUGUGAAGGAAGAUCUGCCAAUUGGUGCUAACAUCCUGAAGAUCAAAGCCUAUGAUUCUGACUCUGGCUUCAAUGGGAAGGUACUAUUUACCAUAUCUGAUGGAAAUACAGACAGUUGCUUUAAUAUUGAUAUGGAGACUGGGCAACUUAAAGUUCUUAUGCCCAUGGAUCGAGAGCAUACAGACAUGUAUCUACUUAAUAUCACCAUAUAUGACCUUGGGAAACCCCAGAAGUCUUCAUGGAGGCUGCUGACCAUCAAUGUGGAGGAUACCAAUGACAACAGUCCUGUUUUUCUUCAGGACAGUUACUCAGUUAACAUUCUUGAAAGUUCAAGUAUUGGCACUGAGAUUAUUCAGGUGGAAGCCAGAGACAAAGACUUGGGUUCUAAUGGUGAAGUGACAUAUUCAGUCUUGACAGACACAAGGCAGUUUGCUAUCAAUAGCUCAACUGGAAUUGUUUAUGUGUCUGACCAAUUGGACCGAGAAUCUAAAGCCAACUAUUCUUUGAAAAUAGAAGCCAGAGACAAGGCAGAAAGCGGUCAGCAGCUAUUCUCUGUCGUCACCCUGAAGGUCUUUUUGGAGGAUGUCAAUGACUGCUCCCCAGCUUUCAUUCCCAGCAGCUACAGUGUGAAGGUCCUUGAAGAUCUCCCUGUUGGCACUGUCAUUGCUUGGCUGGAAACCCAUGAUCCAGAUCUUGGACUGGGUGGUCAAGUGCGUUAUUCUUUAGUCAAUGACUAUAAUGGAAGAUUUGAAAUAGAUAAAGCAAGUGGAGCUGUCCGCUUGAGCAAAGAGCUUGACUAUGAAAAGCAGCAGUUCUACAACCUCACGGUGCGGGCCAAAGACAAAGGGCGGCCUGUCUCUCUGUCCUCUGUCUCCUUUGUGGAGGUGGAAGUUGUAGAUGUUAAUGAAAACCUCCAUACCCCAUAUUUCUCCGACUUUGCUGUCAUUGGAUCUGUAAAGGAAAAUUCACGCAUUGGAACAAGUGUGCUACAGGUGACCGCCCAUGAUGAGGACUCUGGAAGGGAUGGAGAGAUCCAGUACUCCAUCAGGGAUGGCAGCGGACUAGGGAGGUUCAGUAUAGAUGAUGAGAGUGGUGUCAUCACUGCUGCAGAUAUUCUGGAUCGAGAGACUACAGGGUCAUACUGGUUAACCGUGUAUGCCACAGACCGAGGUGUUGUCCCUCUGUAUUCUACCAUUGAGAUCUACAUAGAAGUUGAAGAUGUGAAUGACAAUGCCCCUUUGACCUCAGAACCUAUUUAUUAUCCUGUUGUCAUGGAAAAUUCUCCCAAGGAUGUAUCUGUCAUUCAAAUCCAGGCUGAGGAUCCUGACUCCAGUUCCAAUGAGAAGCUGACAUACAGGAUUACAAGUGGAAAUCCUCAGAACUUUUUUGCCAUCAAUACAAAAACAGGUCUCAUUACCACAACUUCAAGGAAACUGGACCGAGAACAGCAAGCAGAACAUUUUUUAGAGGUGACUGUAACAGAUGGUGGUUCUGCUCCAAAACAAUCAACCAUUUGGGUGGUGGUCCAAGUUCUGGACGAAAAUGACAACAAACCCCAGUUUCCUGAGAAGGUCUACCAGAUCAAGCUUCCAGAACGUGACCGGAAGAAGAGGGGAGAACCCAUUUACAGGGCUUUUGCCUUUGACAGAGAUGAGGGCCCUAAUGCAGAAAUAUCUUAUAGUAUUGUGGAUGGGAAUGAUGAUGGAAAAUUCUUUAUUGACCCUAAAACUGGCAUGGUUUCUUCCAGAAAGCAAUUUACAGCAGGAAGUUACGACAUCCUAACGAUCAAGGCUGUGGACAAUGGCCGCCCACAGAAAUCUUCCACAGCCCGCCUCCACAUUGAAUGGAUUAAGAAACCACCCCCUUCACCUAUUCCAUUGACCUUCGAUGAGCCAUUUUACAACUUCACAGUCAUGGAAAGCGAUAGAGUCACUGAGAUUGUGGGAGUGGUGUCUGUGCAGCCAGCAAACACCCCUCUGUGGUUUGACAUAGUUGGUGGCAAGCAUGCUCGAGAGAUGUUCUAUAUUCUACAGACAGCUUGUGGGCAGAACUGUUCAACAGAAGGAGGAAAUUUUGACAGCUCUUUUGAUGCAGAAAAGGGUGUUGGGACAAUCGUCAUCGCAAAGCCUUUAGAUGCGGAGCAAAGAUCGGUCUACAACAUGAGUGUGGAAGUCACUGAUGGGACAAAUAUUGCUGUCACUCAGGUAUUUAUCAAAGUACUGGAUAAUAAUGAUAAUGGCCCAGAAUUCUCUCAGCCGAGUUACGAUGUGACAAUUUCUGAGGACGUGCUUCCAGAUACAGAGAUCCUGCAGAUUGAAGCCACAGACCGGGACGAAAAGCACAAGCUGAGCUAUACUGUCCACAGCAGCAUUGACUCCAUCAGCAUGAGGAAAUUCCGGAUAGAUCCAAGCACGGGUGUGCUCUAUACUGCUGAGAGGCUGGACCAUGAGGCCCAGGACAAGCACAUUCUCAACAUCAUGGUCAGAGAUCAGGAGUUUCCUUAUCGAAGAAAUUUGGCCCGAGUCAUUGUGAAUGUGGAGGAUGCUAAUGACCACAGUCCCUAUUUCACCAACCCACUGUAUGAAGCAUCUGUGUUUGAGUCGGCUGCUCUGGGAUCAGCUGUUCUACAUGUGACGGCUCUGGACAAAGACAAAGGGGAAAAUGCAGAGCUCAUAUAUACCAUAGAAGCAGGGAACACUGGAAACACAUUUAAGAUUGAACCAGUUUUGGGCAUCAUCACUGUUGCCAAAGAGCCAGACAUGACAACCAUGGGCCAAUUUGUCCUAUCUGUCAAAGUCACAGACCAAGGAUCUCCACCAAUGUCUGCCACCACAAUCGUACGCAUUUCUGUCACCAUGUCUGACAAUUCCCACCCCAAGUUCACUCACAAAGACUACCAAGCUGAAAUAAAUGAAAAUGUUGACAUUGGAACAUCAGUCAUUCUACUCUCAGCCAUCAGCCAGUCCACCCUCAUUUAUGAAGUCAAAGAUGGGAACACUGAUGGGGUCUUUACCAUAAAUCCAUAUUCUGGAGUCAUCACCACUCGAAGAGCUCUGGAUUAUGAGUGCACUUCCUCUUAUCAGCUCAUCAUUCAGGCCACUAACAUGGCAGGCAUGGCUUCCAAUGCCACAGUCAAUAUCCAAAUUGUUGAUGAAAAUGAUAAUGCACCUGUGUUUCUCUUUUCUCAAUACUCAGGUAGCCUGAGUGAAGCUGCUCCUGUCAACAGCCUUGUCAGGAGUUUGGAUAAUAGCCCAUUGGUUAUUCGAGCCACUGAUGCUGACAGCAACCAGAAUGCGUUGCUGGUAUAUCAGAUUGUUGAGCCCACAGCCAAGAAGUUCUUCACAGUGGACUCCAGUACAGGUGCAAUCAGAACAAUUGCCAACCUGGACCACGAAAUCAUUGCUCACUUCCAUUUCCAUGUGCAUGUGAGAGACAGUGGCAGGCCCCAGCUGACUGCAGAGAGCCCUGUUGAAGUCAACAUUGAGGUGACAGAUGUGAACGAUAAUCCACCAGUUUUUACUCAGGCUGUGUUUGAUACUGUCUUACUUCUCCCCACCUAUGUUGGAGUGGAGAUUCUGAAAGUUAGUGCCAUGGAUCCUGACUCUGAGGUGCCCCCUGAGCUGACAUUCAGCCUCAUGGAUGGCAGCUCAGAUCAUUUCUUAAUGGACUCAAAUACUGGGGUACUUACCAUUAAAAACAAUAACCUCUCCAAAGAUCACUACAUGCUGAUAGUUAAAGUGUCCGAUGGAAAGUUCUACAGCACAUCCAUGGUUACUAUCGUGGUGAAAGAAGCCAUGGACAGUGGUCUCUACUUUACACAAAGCUUUUACUCUACUUCAAUCUCAGAGAAUAAUACUAAUAUAACCAAAGUUGCUAUUGUCAAUGCAGUUGGAAACCGCCUUAAUGAGCCCUUAAGAUAUAGCAUCUUAAACCCAGGAAAUAAAUUCAAGAUAAAGUCUACCUCAGGAGUUAUUCAGACCACUGGAGUACCCUUUGACCGUGAGGAACAGGAAUUAUAUGAGCUGGUGGUAGAAGCCAGCCGUGAGCUGGACCAUUUGCGGGUAGCGAGAGUGGUGGUCAAGGUUAAUAUUGAAGAUGUAAAUGACAACUCCCCAUUCUUUGUUGGCCUCCCUUACUAUGCUGCUGUGCAAGUUGAUGCUGAGCCUGGUACUCUCAUAUACCAGGUGACAGCCAUCGACAAGGACAAAGGUGCAAAUGGAGAAGUGACCUAUGUCUUACAGGAUGACUAUGGCCACUUUGAAAUUAACCCCAAUUCAGGUAAUGUUAUUUUAAAAGAAGCAUUCAACUCUGACUUAUCCAACAUUGAGUAUGGUGUCACCAUCCUAGCUAAGGAUGGUGGAAAACCCUCCUUGUCCACAUCCAUAGAACUUCCCAUCACUAUUGUCAACAAAGCCAUGCCUGUAUUUGACAAGCCUUUUUAUACAGCAUCUAUCAAUGAAGACAUCAGAAUUGACACCCCCAUUUUAAGCAUCAAUGCCACCAGUCCAGAAGGCCAGGGCAUCAUAUAUCUCAUCAUUGAUGGGGACCCCUUUAAACAGUUUAAUAUUGACUUUGACACUGGGAUCCUAAAAGUUGUUAGUCCUUUGGAUUAUGAAGUUGCAUCUAUUUACAAAUUGACUGUAAGAGCCAGUGAUGCUCUUACUGGUGCCAGGGCUGAAGUCACUGUGGACCUGAUAGUUGAUGAUGUAAAUGACAACCCUCCUGUUUUUGAUCAGCCCACUUACAAUACAACAUUAUCUGAAGCGUCUCUCAUUGGGACACCCGUUCUACAAGUUGUUUCCACUGAUGCAGACUCAGAAAACAAUAAAAUGGUACAUUAUCAGAUUGUCCAGGAUACUUACAACAGCACAGAUUAUUUUCACAUAGACAGCUCAAGUGGCUUAAUCCUGACAGCAAGAAUGCUUGAUCAUGAGUCAGUACAACACUGCACCCUGAAAGUGAGAGCAACAGACAAUGGCUUCCCAUCACUGAGCAGCGAAGUUUUGGUGCAGAUUCACAUUUCUGACGUAAAUGACAACCCUCCAGUCUUCAAUCAGCUCAUUUAUGAGUCCUAUGUGAGUGAAUUAGCCCCACGGGGUCAUUUUGUCACCUGUGUCCAAGCCUCAGAUGCAGACAGCUCUGACUUUGACCAGCUAGAAUACAGCAUUUUAUCUGGGAAUGACCGGACAAGCUUUCUGAUGGACAGCAAGAGUGGAGUCAUCACACUGUCUGGUCACCGGAAACAGCGCAUGGAGCCUCUGUAUAGUCUCAAUGUGUCUGUUUCUGAUGGGUUGUUCACCAGCACUGCACAGGUGCACAUCAGGGUCCUUGGGGCUAAUUUGUACAGCCCUGCCUUUUCACAAAGCACAUAUGUAGCUGAGGUGAGAGAGAAUGCAGCUGCUGGCACAAAAGUUCUUCAUGUCCGAGCCACAGAUGGGGACCCAGGAGCAUAUGGGCAGAUCACUUACACCAUCAUCAAUGACUUCGCCAAGGAUAGGUUCCUUAUUGACAACAAUGGUCAGGUCAUCACGACAGAAAGACUUGACCGGGAAAACCCUCUGGAAGGAGAUAUUAGUAUUUAUUUGAGGGCCCUUGAUGGAGGAGGAAGGACAACCUUCUGCACUGUGAGGGUGAUUGUGGUGGAUGAAAAUGACAAUGCUCCUCAGUUCAUGACAGUGGAAUAUAGAGCCAGUGUCAGAGCAGAUGUUGGAAGGGGCCACCUGGUCACUCAAGUUCAAGCCAUGGAUCCAGAUGAUGGGGCAAAUUCCAGGAUCACUUAUUCACUCUAUAGUGAGGCAUCUGUCUCAGUGGCUGACCUUCUGGAAAUUGAUCCUGAUAAUGGCUGGAUGGUCACAAAGGGCAAUUUUAACCAGCUGAGAAACACAGUGCUGUCAUUCUUUGUCAAAGCAGUAGAUGGGGGUAUCCCAGUGAAGCACUCCCUCAUUCCUGUCUAUAUCCAUGUCUUGCCCCCAGAAACAUCCUUGCCUUCAUUCACCCAGUCUCAGUAUUCCUAUACCAUUGCAGAAGACACAGCCAUUGGAAGCACAGUGGAUACCCUGAAGAUUUUGCCCAGUCAGAAUGUCCGUUUUAGCACAGUUAAUGGAGAAUGGCCAGAGAAUAACAAAGAGGGCAUUUUCAUCAUAGAUCAAGAAGCAGGCACUAUCAAACUUGACAAGCGCCUGGAUCAUGAAGUUAACCCAUCUUUCCACUUCAAAGUAGCAGCUACUAUACCCCUGGACAAGGUAGACAUUGUAUUUACUGUGGAUGUAGACAUCAAGGUAUUGGACCUGAAUGAUAACAAGCCAGUCUUUGAAACAUCAAGCUAUGAGACCAUCAUAAUGGAAGGGAUGCCUGUUGGAACCAAACUCACCCAGGUGAGAGCUGUUGACAUGGACUGGGGAGCCAAUGGGCAAGUCACUUACUCACUGCAUUCAGACUCUCACCUACAAAAGGUGCUGGAAGUAUUCAAUAUUGACAGCAACACAGGCUGGAUUAGUACCUUGAAGGACCUGGACCAUGAGACAGAUCCUACCUUUUCCUUCUCUGUGGUGGCCUCUGACCUUGGAGAAGCUUUGUCUCUUUCUUCCACAGCUCUGGUCUCUGUUAAGGUGACAGAUAUAAAUGACAAUGCACCCAUCUUUGCCCAUGAGGUAUACCGAGGAAACGUGAAGGAGAGCGACCCACCAGGGGAGGUGGUAGCUGUUCUUAGCACGUGGGACAAAGACACUUCUGACAUGAAUCGCCAAGUGAGCUACCAUAUUACAGGAGGGAAUCCCCGAGGAAGGUUUGCCCUGGGUUUGGUGCAGAGUGAGUGGAAGGUUUAUGUGAAGAGACCUCUGGAUAGAGAAGAGCAAGACAUUUACUUCCUCAAUAUCACUGCCACUGAUGGGCUCUUUGUCACACAGGCCAUGGUAGAAGUGAGUGUCAGUGAUGUAAAUGACAAUAGCCCAGUAUGUGAUCAGGUUGCAUAUUCAGCAUCAUUUCCAGAAGACAUUCCAUCAGAUAAAAUCAUCCUGAAGGUCAGUGCCAAGGAUGCCGAUAUUGGAUCCAAUGGAGAUAUACGAUACUCGCUCUAUGGAUCUGGAAAUAAUGAAUUUUUUCUGGAUUCAGAAAGUGGUGAAUUAAAAACCUUAGCCUUGUUGGACCGGGAAAGGGUCCCAGUUUACAACCUGAUGGCUAGGGCCACUGAUGGAGGUGGCCGAUUUUGCCAGUCCAGUGUCCGCCUUAUCCUGGAAGAUGUGAAUGACAAUGCUCCUGUGUUUUCUUCUGACCAUUACAACGCAUGUGUCUAUGAGAACACAGCCACUAAGGCUCUGUUGACCAGAGUACAAGCCAUGGACCCGGACAUUGGCAUCAACAGGAAAGUCAUGUACACCCUGGCAGACUCAGCUGGUGGCUUCUUCUCCAUCGACAGCUCAUCAGGCAUCAUUAUCCUGGAACAGCCACUGGACCGUGAGCAGCAGUCAUCCUAUAACAUCAGCGUGCGGGCCACUGACCAGAGUCCUGGACAGUCCCUGUCCUCUCUGGCCACCGUCACAAUCACUGUCCUGGACAUUAAUGACAACCCUCCUGUGUUUGAGAGGAGGGAAUACCUGGUGACAGUGCCUGAGGACACCUCUCCUGGCACCCAAGUCCUCUCUGUCUUUGCCACCAGCAAAGAUAUUGGCACAAAUGCUGAGAUUACAUAUCUCAUCCGAUCUGGGAACGAACAAGGGAAAUUUAGAAUCAACCCAAAGACAGGGGGUCUUUCUGUCUCUGAAUCCUUGGACUAUGAAUCAUGCAAAAGAUUUUACCUGGUGGUAGAAGCUAAAGAUGGGGGCACCCCAACUCUCAGUGCUGCAACCACAAUCAGCAUUGACCUCACAGAUGUGAAUGACAAUCCACCCCAGUUUAGCCAAGAUGUCUACAGUGCUGUCAUCAGUGAAGAUGCCUUGGAAGGGGAUGCUGUCAUUUUGCUAAUAGCAGAAGAUAUGGAUAGCCAUACCAAUGGACAGAUCCAUUUUUCCAUCGUGAGUGGAGAUCGGGACAAUGAAUUUGCUGUGGAUCCUGUCUUGGGACUUGUGAAGGUUAAGAAGAAACUGGAUCGAGAACGAGUGUCUGGAUAUUCCCUGUUGGUCCAGGCUGUAGACAGUGGUGUUCCUGCAAUGUCAUCAACUGCCACUGUCAACAUUGACAUUUCUGAUGUGAACGACAACAGCCCAGUGUUUACACCUGCCAACUACACUGCUGUAAUCCAAGAAAAUAAGCCAGUGGGUACCAGCAUCUUGCAGCUGGUGGUGACAGACAGAGACUCCUUUCACAACGGGCCUCCUUUCUCCUUCUCUAUUGUGUCGGGAAAUGAAGAAGAAGAGUUCGUGCUGGAUUCUCAUGGGAUCCUGCGGUCAGCAGUGGUCUUCCAGCAUACGGAGUCCCCAGAUUAUGUGCUGUGCAUCCAGGCAAAAGAUUCAGGAAAACCACAACAGGUUUCUCAUUCCUACAUCCGUGUGCGGGUCAUUGAGGAAAGCAUCCACAAACCCACAGCCAUCCCCUUAGAGAUUUUCAUCAUUACCAUGGAGGAUGACUUUCCCGGUGGGGUCAUUGGGAAGAUCCACGCCACAGAUCAAGACAUGUAUGAUGUGCUCACAUUUGCCCUUAAAUCCGAGCAGAAAAGCUUGUUCAAAGUGAACAGUCAUGAUGGGAAAAUCAUAGCUCUGGGAGGCCUGGAUAGCGGCAAGUAUGUCCUGAACGUGUCUGUGAGUGAUGGCCGUUUCCAGGUGCCCAUCGACGUGGUCGUGCACGUGGAACAGCUGGUGCAUGAGAUGCUGCAGAACACAGUCACCAUCCGCUUUGAGAACGUGUCCCCCGAGGACUUCGUGGGGCUGCACAUGCACGGCUUCCGGCGUACCCUGAGGAAUGCAGUCCUUACACAGAAGCAGGAUAGCUUGCACAUCAUCAGCAUCCAACCUGUGGUGGGCACCAACCAGCUGGACAUGCUAUUUGCAGUAGAGAUGCGCAGUAGCGAGUUCUACAAGCCGGCCUAUCUGAUCCAGAAGCUGUCCAAUGCCAGGCGCCACCUGGAGAAUGUCAUGCGCAUCGCAGCCAUCCUGGAGAAGAAUUGCUCGGGCCUGGACUGUCAGGAGCAGCACUGUGAGCAGGGCUUGUCACUGGAUUCCCAUGCUCUCAUGACCUACAGCACUGCUCGCAUCAGCUUCGUCUGCCCACGGUUCUAUAGGAAUGUGCGUUGCACCUGUAAUGGAGGACUGUGCCCAGGGUCCAAUGAUCCUUGUAUGGAAAAGCCGUGUCCAGAGGACAUGCAAUGUGUCAGUUAUGAAGCCAGCAGGAGACCUUUCCUCUGCCAGUGUCCACCGGGGAAACUUGGAGAGUGCUCAGGACAUACUUCACUUAGCUUUGCUGGAAACAGUUACAUCAAAUACCGGCUUUCUGAAAAUAGCAAAGAAGAGGAGCUCAAGCUCGCCCUGCGACUGCGCACUCUGCAAAGCAAUGGGAUCAUAAUGUACACCCGAGCAAACCCCUGCAUGGUUCUGAAGAUUGUGGAUGGCAAGCUGUGGUUCCAGCUGGACUGUGGGAGCGGCCCUGGAAUCCUGGGCAUCUCAGGCCGGGCUGUCAAUGACGGGAGCUGGCACUCGGUCUUCCUGGAGCUCAAUCGCAAUUUCACGAGCCUGUCCCUGGACGACAGCUACGUGGAGAGGCGCAGGGCUCCCCUCUACUUCCAGACGCUGAGUACGGACAGUGCCAUCUACUUCGGAGCCCUGGUGCAGGCGGACAAUAUCCGCAGCUUGAUGGACACGCGCGUCACGCAGGUGCUGGGCGGUUUCCAGGGCUGCCUGGACUCGCUGGUGCUGAACCACAACGAGCUGCCGCUGCAGAACAAGCGCAGCAGCUUCGCGGAGGUGGUGGGCCUGACCGAGCUGAAGCUGGGCUGCGUGCUCUACCCCGACGCAUGCCAGCGCAGUCCCUGCCAGCACGGUGGCACCUGCGCAGGCCUGCCCUCUGGCGGCUAUCAGUGUACCUGUCUCUCUCAGUUCACGGGCAGAAACUGUGAAUCCGAGAUCACAGCCUGCUUCCCAAACCCCUGCCGGAAUGGAGGAUCCUGUGACCCCAUAGGAAACACCUUCAUCUGCAGUUGUAAAGCUGGGCUCACUGGAGUCACGUGCGAGGAGGACGUUGAUGAGUGCCAGCGGGAGGAGUGUGAGAAUGGUGGCUCCUGCGUCAAUAUGUUUGGCUCCUUCCUCUGCAACUGCACCCCAGGCUACGUGGGCCAGUACUGCGGCCUGCGCCCAGUGGUGGUACCCAACAUCCAGGCUGGCCACUCUUACGUGGGCAAAGAGGAGCUCAUUGGUAUCGCGGUGGUCCUCUUCGUCAUCUUCACCCUCGUCGUCCUCUUCAUCAUCUUCCGCAAGAAGGUCUUCCGAAAGAACUACUCCCGCAACAACAUCACUCUGGUGCAGGACCCAGCCACGGCCGCGCUGCUCCACAAGAGCAAUGGCAUCCCAUUCCGCAGCCUGCGCGCUGGUGAUGGGCGCAAUCUUUACCAGGAGGUGGGGCCCCCACAGGUGCCUGUGCGCCCCAUGGCCUACACACCCUGCUUUCAGAGCGACUCCAGGAGCAACCUGGACAAGAGCGUGGAUGCACUCGGUGGCGAACCCCAGGAGAUGACCACCUUCCACCCCGAAUCCCCACGCAUCCUCACUGCCCGCCGCGGAGUGGUUGUGUGCAGCGUGGCCCCCAACCUCCCAGCUGUAUCACCUUGCCGCUCAGACUGUGACUCCAUCCGGAAGAAUGGCUGGGACUCAGGAUCUGAGAACAAAGGGGCUGAUGACCCAGGAGAAGUGACCUGCUUUGCAGGCAGCAAUAAAGGCAGCAACUCAGAAGUUCAGUCCCUCAGCUCUUUCCAGUCAGAUUCUGGGGAUGAUAACGCAUCCAUAGUGACUGUCAUUCAGCUUGUCAACAAUGUAGUUGACACUAUAGAGAAUGAAGUGUCUGUCAUGGACCAGGGACAGAACUACAACCGAGCCUACCACUGGGACACCUCUGAUUGGAUGCCUGGGGCCCGGCUAUCUGACAUCGAGGAAGUGCCCAACUAUGAGAGCCAAGAUGGAGGGUCAGCACACCAGGGUAGCACGCGGGAACUGGAGAGUGAUUACUACCUGGGAGGCUACGACAUCGACAGUGAAUACCCACCACCUCACGAAGAAGAGUUCUUAAGUCAGGACCAGCUGCCCCCACCCCUGCCUGAAGAUUUCCCAGACCAAUAUGAGGCCCUGGCUCCCUCCCAGCCGGUCUCACUGGCUGGAACAAUGAGCCCUGACUGCAGGAGAAGGCCCCAGUUCCACCCUAGCCAGUACCUUCCUCCUCACCCAUUUCCCAAUGAAACGGAUUUAGGGGUUCCACCUGCCAGCUGCGAUUUUAGUACUUUUGCAGUAAGCAUGAACCAGGGCGCAGAGGUCACAGGCCAAUCAGAGAGCAUGUCUCUGUCCUUGCACAAUUCCAGAGGCACCUCAUCCUCGGACGUGUCGACCAAUUGCGGCUUUGAUUCAGAAGUAGCCAUGAGUGACUACGAAAGCGUGGGAGAGCUCAGCCUCUCCACCCUUCACCUUCCCUUUGUGGAGACUCAACACCAGACUCAAGUAUAAGGGACACAGCGUGGACGUUCUGCCCUGUUUGUUACAGACAGUGGAAGGAGACUGGCUGUGCUUGUGUCUCAGGGGAGAGGCGUCUGGAAAAGUGGCAUCUCCCCCAAGGAAUUCUUCACAAGUCACAUGGUCACAAGCAAGCAAGCUUGAUUAGGAGAGUGAUGAGAGAAGGCUCAGAAAUUGUUUCUGAGAGGGGAGAGAUAAUCGUUGCUGUGGGUACCUGUGUUCAUGGUUAGAAUGCAAAGAAGGGAAAAUGAGUGUACGAAAUUAACCAGGAGAUCCUGAAUGGUUUUGUGCAUUAUUGCACCCUGGACAGUAUAAGAGCAUCAGCCCUUGGCAGUAUUAACACCCAGCAACGGAGAGGCAUCCUUGCAUGUAAUGUUGAGCCAAUGAAGUGAAAAUAGUAGUGAUGAUUGUUGGAAAGUUAGUGUUUUAGGUGAAAGAAAGAGAAAUGAACAUUAAGCAAAUAAGAAAAUGGGCCAAAGCCUUUAAAUUCACCUCUAUUUUUUAAAUAAGCUGCCCCAUUUUCAGCUAUAAAAUUAGGUGUGAGUAACAUAUUUAGUAUGCUCUUUUUUUUGUGUGUUAAGAAUCCAAUAUCAUAGAGUUGGGUUGUGUGACCUCUGAGAAAAAUAUCAGUGAUGAGCAAUAAAUGACUUUUGGAUUUCCAUUUGGUGGGUGGGGGAGAAGGUUAAUGUUUAAGCAUUAGAAAGAAUGUGAUAAUCGCAUUUUUGUGUUCUCUGGUAAAUAUUCCCAGCCAUAUCUGCAAUGGUAACAUUGCUGUAGAAAUUGACCUCUGUGCACAUAUUGUUCUCUAGGAAGAGACAUUUGAAAACUUAAGCAGAAAUCACACAAGUUUCAGGGAGGGGAGUGGGAGAAGUAUGGUCCUUUCAAAGUUUUCAGCCUGGAUAAUCACAGUUCUUCAUAAUGCAGAUAAAAGAUGUGUAUGCUAUUCUAAACUGGUAGCAUUAUCAUUAUGAAUACAUUAUGUUUUUUAAAAGAAUUAGGUUAGUUAGCAAUCAUGUAUAAACUAGUGUGUGUGCGUGGGGGGGACACGCGCACAUGUGUGUGUGUGUGUGUGUGUGUGUGCGUGUGUCUGUGUCUGUGUGUGUCUGGGCCCAUGUACAUAUGUGUGCUUGCACUUAGUAAGGCUGCUCUUGAGGAAAGCUGACUUGAAGCGUUUAGGAAAUGGACCAUGAUGAAAAUCGUGACACCAAGUAUGGCUUACCUUCCAAUUUCUCUGAUCUCUUUGAUGUUAAAGAAACACCAAAUGCCAUAUUUUACUCCAAUUCAGUUGACCUUAUUUUGGUACUUCCAUUUAUAUUAACUUAAAUCAAGUGCUGUGCUUUUAAAAACAGUGUUUUAUAAUUUUCCAGAGCUAAUUUCUAUUUGAAAAAUUUAUAAUAUUAAUUACACUUUGGGGUGUUUCUCCAAACUGACAUGUGGGCUUUGACCACAACUUUCCAAAACUGACAAUGCUCAUCCCACCAGAAAUAUAAUAACUGAAAUCACAGAAGUUAAAGUUGACAAAUGAAGUGACUUUCCUCUUUGGCUUCAACAGACCAUGGCCACUCAUGUGAUGGCCACAGCACAUAAAUGCAUAUUUGCACUAUCUACUUCAUGAGCAAAUCUGUGUCCACAGUUUUGGAUGACAUCUGACAUUGGUAUGUAAGAGGUACUAUGUUGAGUCUGUGUGUCAUACAUUUAGAUGUAUUUAUAGUUGUUUCAAUUGUGUUUAAUCUACUUACUUCUUUAUAGGACUCUGUGUUUCUGAACAUUCAAAUUUAAAAAUAGUCUCUUUUCUUCCCAAACUUCUUAAGUGGAGACUUGAUGGGGUUUGGUUCUCAGGCUUUCUCCUCCUGUUUCCCAGUUAGACCUACUUGUGGAAGCAUUAUCCACGCUGGUCUAGAGAGCAGUGAACCUCGCUAAGACUGCUUCUAAGAAGAAAGUCUUUAGGUUUCUUUUUUUUUUCUUUAAUGUAAGAAGCACAUUUGUAAGAAUCACAAAGAAAAUGACAAACUAAUGGUCCAGACUUGAAUCACUGCUGCACUUUUAAUAAUGCUAUGACAUAAAAACCAUCAAAGUAAAACCAACAAUUCAUUUCUUGCCCCCAGGAAAUAUUAGAGUAAGAUUAAUGCUGGUGAGUCACUCGUGCUUACACAGCAUCUCCUCCACAGAGAAUGCCUGCCUGACACAGUAAUGAAGGCAUAAAUAGGCCCUAAUGCAACUGAGAAGUUGCCAGAGAAAUUCCUGCUCACCCUUUGCUCUGACCUACAUAAAAUACCUCUUUCUUCAGGAUAGCGUCCCCUGAUUCUCUGCAGGACAGCUCUGCAGCAAAGUAUACCACAGAAAAGCAUGAAUUACAUUUUCUGUAAACACACAAUAUCUCUUCACUUUCUUAAAAAAAAAAAAAAAAAGUAGAUUUCCUCAUAUAUUAGAAAA